AUGUCUCAAUCGCUUUUCAAUCUCAAAACUUCCUCUUGCUCUCUCAAUAACAUAACUGUAAUGAGAGGAUACAUUUUGAUCAAAAAGGCUUCUCAAAGGGCAUAUGCAGUAGGAAGCAGCAGAGAGAAGCCAUCGUGGACAGCAGAUUGUGAAACCGGUUACUACAGACCUGAAACCAUAAAAAAAGAGGUAGAUUCACACGUUGUGACAACCUCUAAAAGUGAAGUUAAAAUGAGGAGAGGUAAAGAGUUAUGGUGGAUGCCUGAUCCGCAAACCGGAUUCUAUCGACCUGACACUUUUGCGAGAGAGCUCGAUGCCGUUGAGCUACGGUCAAUGCAUUCCAACCACCGAGAAUAA